AUGGGCAAUAAAAAAUCAAGUUGGGUUUGGCAAUAUGCAAAAAAGAAAGGAAAUAUUGCAUACUGUCUUUUGUGUGAUGAGAAUGAAAAUAAUGAGUUUGUUUGCAAUGGAGGUACAACAGGAUCCAUUGGGCGACAUCUGGUGGCGAUUCAUUCCAUGAGUAAUGGAGUAAAAGAAAAAAGGAGACACAUAUCUGACUCAGAAAAUGAGAUGCUUGAGACUAUAAAUGACUUACAACCUAUAACAGAAAAUUUGAAUAGCCAGUCUACAACCUCAUUAAAUGAUUUUGACCAACCAAGUACUAGUUCUUCAAAUAUCAAUUCUGAUUCAACGUCAAAUAUCAAUUUUAUUUCAAAUUCUCGAAUUAGGCGAAAGCGCCAAAAACUUAAUAAACAAAAUACCACGUCAGAUAAAUUGCUUAGCCCUGAAAGAACUGAAGAAAUUUAUAAAGCUCUUUCAAAAAUGAUAGCUAUGAACCAGAUGCCUCUUUCAUUUUGCUCAAGUCCGGGUUUUAAAUACUUCAUGAACGUUGUUGAUCCUAAUUAUAAACCCUGCUCUGCAGAAAGUGUAAAAAAUCGUUUAAAAUUAUUAACAAGUGACAUAAAACAAUUAAUCAAGAAUGAAUUAAAUGAAGUAACAAGUGUGUCAUGUACAACAGAUUGCUGGACUUCAAUAUCUCAAGAGUCAUAUAUGACAAUUAUCUGUCAUACUAUCGAUCAACAUUGGAAACCAAAAUCAUAUACAUUGACAACUCAUGAAGUUAGUGAGCGACAUACAGCCGUUAAUUUAGCACACCAUUUAAAAAAAUCACUUAUAGAGUGGGAAAUCGAAAAAAAAAUUAGUUCAAUUGUAACAGAUAAUGCAGCAAAUGUCAUCAACGCUGUAUCACAGUUAGAAUUAAACGAUAACAUGGAAAAAUCUGGAUUAACGUGUGCAGCACAUUCUUUGCAGUUGGCUGUUAAUAAAACUCUUUUGGACGAUGAAAUUCAAAGUGUUUUAACAAAAUCAAGCAAAAUUGUGUGCCAUUUUAAACAUUCAUCAAUAUCAAUGAAGAGUUUGGAGAAAACACAGCAACAACUUAAUUUACCAAAAUUAACUCUUUUACAAUAUUGUAAAACGAGAUGGAACUCUAGCUUUUUAAUGCUAGAAAGACUGUAUAUUAAUAGAGCACCUAUCACAAAUGUUCUCGCAGAUCGUAAUAUAACAGCAUCUAAUAUUGCCCAAAAAUUAGAAAUUACAGAGUCUGAAUGGUUAAUUAUUGAAAAAUUAUUGGUACUUCUGAAACCAUUGCAAGCUCUCACUACUUUAUUUUGUGGAGAAUUAGAAUCUUCUGUUUCAAUGGUACGACCUUUAAUUCACAAAAUUGUAACUUCCCAUUAUGAACAUAGUAUCGAUGAUGACAAUAUAACGGAACGAUUUAAAAACAAAAUUUCAUAUCAACUGACCACGCGUUUUGAAUUGACAUGGAAUGAAAUUGUUACUGCAAGACACGUCGCUUCUUUUCUAGAUCCAAGAUAUAAAGAUAUGGAUCACGAACCCGUAAGAGCUAGAGAGAUAAUCCGAUCACAUGUCUUGCAGCUCAUUGAAUCAGUUGCCCCAACUACUACAAAUCUUAAUGAUACAGAAGAAAGCGAUUUGAAAAUGAGUAAUGUGUUAGCAUUUAUUUACAAAGACCAUACUAAUAGUACAAAUGAUGCAUCUACACAGUUUACGGGAUAUCUUUCAGAACCUCAACUUCGAUUUGAUUUAAAUCCCUUAGAGUGGUGGAGAACACGAGAAGAAAAAUAUCCAGCAAUAGCAACUAUUGCCAAAAAAUAUUUAGCAAUCCCAUCUACAUCUGCAAGUGCAGAGAGGUGCUUCUCAACGGCAGGUAACAUUGUGAAUCCAAAAAGAAGUUGCCUUCUUCCUGAAAAUGUGGAUAUGUUGGUAUUCUUAUACCAAAACAGAAAAUUAUAUUUCUAG